AAAAGGACAGAUGCCGCACGUGGAAAGACGACAGACGAAAUAUUUUAUUGACUUUAUUUUGUUAUUACAGCGCCCGAGUCAAAGGAAAUUCUCCAUGCGAAGCAUAAUUGAUUGACUAGCAUUUACAGGAGGUCAUGUCUCACAGCACCUACAACAAGAUGUGGGCUCAUGCCCACUUGGACCUGACCAGCCUUCUAACCCAGGAGAUGCCAGAGAUGCCUCCUCCUUUGGAGAAGGAUAGGGUGGUGUUCUUCCAGAGAGUGGCCACUCUUUAUGUGCGCUAUGUCCAGAUCUUUCGGAGGCUGGAGUCAGGGUAUGACCAGAUGGUGCAUCCCCAGAAGAGGCGCAUUCUGCGGCAGUUGCUGGAUGGAGUGAUGGGGCGUGUGCUGGAGCUCAAGAACGAGAUGGUGGACAAAGAGAGUUCUGAGUAUCACUACAUGGAUGAUAUCAUUCAGGACCUCAAACUGACACCGGCAGACAUUGAGAUCCCCAUUCCCAAAUACUUUAUCAACGAAAGAGCUAAGGUCCUGCAGGAGAGAGGGCAGAUUUUAUCAGCGAUUCUGGACAGGAUGGGGUUGCAGACAAAACCGAUGACUGCUGUAAUGCGGCCCUUGUCCAUGGAGGAAGCCAUCAAGUUGAUUCAGGUGUCAGAGCGAGCACGGCAGGGCCGGCUGAGGGCAAAGUUCAUGAGGGAGAUCCGUCGUGACGAGGAGAGACAGAGGAGAGCCAAGGAGAGGGGCACGGUGGUGGCAGACUUGGACCAGGCAGCAACCCGCAUUCAGAAGGUGUGGAAAGGUUUUAUACAGAGAAAGAAAACAAGGAAAGAACGGGAAGACGAGAUGAUCUUUAUCGGGAUGGCACUGGGUCCCCAGCACAUAAAGCCCUGUCCAGCCACAGUCGCUGCCCGGUCCACUGAGGAACACAGAAAGCACAGGCAGCGCGAGCAUGAGCAGGAGUACCAGAUGGCGCUGGUCAGUGUCAAGGAUAAGCUGCGAGAGGUGGAGGGGCCAGACAUGAGGGAGACCAUGAAGGACCAGAUCCGCCAAUGGUUCAUUGAAUGUCAUGAUCUCACUGGAACUUUUCCUGAAUAUCCAGAUGAAGAGGAUGGGGGAUCAGCUGUGAUUUUUGCUGAGAAAACACCCAAGCAAUUACAGGAAGAACUGGCUGCACAAGAAGCUGAAAAAGAAAAUGCACAAAAGAGCAAGGACAAGAAGAAAGAGAAAAAGAAGACAGACAAGGGAAAGAAAGGAAAGGAGAAGGGGAAAGGAGAGGAGGAGGAGGAGCCUGGGUUGAAAAUGGCUCCAUCGGCCUUCCUACCUGAAGUAGCCAAUAAUCACAAAAUAUAUAAAACUGUUUGGCAGAACCGUGAUGAAUCCACCAACUUCAAUCAGAAACACGUAGAAGAGCUGAUCAAGGAAGAGAAACGAAAAGAGAUUGAGAGUGAGAUCAGAGUCCAGGUGGAUGAGCUGAUGAGGGAGGAACUGAAGAACCUGAGGCUGGCUGUGGACAGAGACGCUGGCACAAAGGGAAAGGGUGGCAAAAAGACGAAGAAAGGUAAAAAAAGUGGAAAGAAGAAAAAGAAGGAGAAGGACCUGACACCAGAUAGGACUAUACAAUCUUUGUACCAAGAGCUGGUGGAGCAAGGGAUAUUGAAGCAGGCUGAGAAAGUGACGUUGGAUGAGUACUUUGGUGAUUACAGCUAUCUGGGGACAACCCUGCGUCAGACUGAUAUUGAGCCCAUGCCAUCGCUGUCUGAUGUGCGACAAGUCAUUUCUUUGUAUGCAAUCCUACCUCUUGGUUCUUCAGUUGUCCAUGAAAAAGCACCAUUGGUGAAAUCAAUCCUGUUGGCAGGCCCAGCUGGUGUUGGUAAGAAAAUGCUGGUAAACGCCAUCUGUACUGAGACAGGUGCCAACCUCUUUGAUCUCUCCCCACUGAACAUCGUAGGCAAAUACCCAGGGAAGAGUGGGCUACAGAUGAUGCUGCAUCUUGUCUUCAAGGUGGCCAGGCAGUUGCAGCCCUCUGUGGUAUGGAUCGGAGAGGCAGAGAAAAUGUUUUAUAAGAAAGUACCAAAAGACGAGAAAGAGUUAGAUCCAAAACGCCUGAAGAAGGAUUUGCCCAAGAUCCUAAAAUCGAUUAAAGGGGAAGACCGGGUGCUUAUAGUGGGGACAUCCAAGCAGCCCUUUAAUGGAGACCUCAAGCCACUUUGUAAGACUUACAACAAAAUUAUUCUCAUUCCAAGGCCGGACUAUGCAUCCAGAUAUGUCAUCUGGGAACAACUCAUUCAGAAAAAUGGCGGUGUGAUCACCAGUGCUCUAAACCUGAGCUCCUUGGCUAAGAUCUCAGACGGGUACACACAGGGUCAAAUAAUGAAAGUUGUCAAGGCAGUCCUGACUGAACGGAGGAUCGAUCAACUGGCCAAGAAGCCGAUGACUGGAGCGGAGUAUGUCGUCCACCUGGCCAAGAUGGAUCCUGUGUUUAAAGAGGAAGAGGAGGCCUUUAAGAGCUGGUAUGCUAAAACCCCUCUUGGAAAGAAACGAGCUAUGGCCGCCUUAGGCAAGGAUGAAGAGGAAGUAGAGAAAGGAAAAGAGAAAGGCGGCAUAAAGAAAAAAUGAAAAGCAUGAUGCAAGAG